AUGGCGACGCCGACGCGCUCGGGCGCCAGCGCUGCCUCCACCUGCAUCCCGGACGAGCUCGUUGUUGCGCUUGACCGGGUAUCCAUUGGGAACCCCACCCGUCGCGUCACCCCCGACUUCAUCAGCGACGGCGCCCUGGUGGCGUUUCGCAGCGUCUCCACUGGGAGCCGUAGCCGUAGGGGCACCCCGGUCUCCGGCAAUGGCGCCGCCUCCGCCCGGAUCCCCGACGACCUCCUCGCGCUCGGCCGCUUCUCUUCUACGAGCCGUACCGGUGGGGGCACCCCCUCGUCCGGCGACAUCCCUGACGAGGUCGUCGUGGAGCUUGACCGCGCCUCCACGGGGAGCCGUAGCCGUAGGGGCACCCCGCCCUCCGGCGGCGAUGGCGCCUCCUCCGCCCGGAUCCCCGACGACCUCCUCGCGCUCAGCCGCCUCUCCGCUACGAGCCGUACCGGUGGGGGCACCCCCUCGUCCGGCGACAUCCCUGACGAGCUGGUCGUGGAGCAUGACCGCGCCUCCACUGGGAACCGUACCCGUGGGGCCACCCCCGCGUCCAGCACCCUCAACACCGCCGCAGUCGCCGCCUCGACGACUAUCGCGGACCUCCCCGACCAUCUCCUGCAGGACAUCUUGAGGCUGCUGCCUGAUUGGUCUUCAAUCUUCAGCGCGUCGUUCGUUUGCCAUUCUUGGCGCAGGAUUAUCACUUCGCCUGCCAACCGGAGCUCCCUGGAUGAUUUUUUGGGCUCCCAUCCGCCACCCCUCCUCGGGUUCUACUUCGAGCUCGGACCGCCACACCACCUGAGCUUCGCUCCCGUCGCACCUCUUGAUCCCAUCCUCUCAGGCAUCCUCGAACGGGGCGACUUCCUUCUCGACCAUGUUCCGAGACUACAGGAGGGGGAGGGACCCAACCCUGCAGGGUGGGAGGUCAAGGAUAGCCAAGAGGGUUACCUGCUGUUGUCGUGGUCCGAGACUGGGGAGCUGGCCGUCUAUGAGCCCUUGAGCAUGUCUGUUGCUUUUAUUGAGACACCACAGUUCGUACAUCAUCAUGCUCCUUAUGACCUGCAUUUGGCUGUUCCGAUGGAAGAUCCAGUCCGUGUUGUUUGUGUCUGUCAUAUGGAUGGGUCGACAGUGGAGAUCUCCGUGUGUGAUGUUUCUGACAUGCUCGGUUGGAGAAGAGUUGGAAGGGUCGAGACUGCAGUGCCCUGGAGCAGGAUGGAUACUCGUGCAGUUCAAGCGGGAGGAAAACUUUUCUGGCCUUAUCUUGAUCGGGAUAAGAUGUGCCAAUUCGAUGUGUUUACAUGUGGUAUCAGCUGGGUUGAUGUACCUCCACAUUCUUUUGACUUCACAGUGGGAUUUACUGAAUGUCAGCAGAUGCUUUUGGUAUCAGUGCUUAGGUCCACCUCUUCGGCCUCGCGGGCACUCGGUGGCGGCGCACCGUCGGGAACCACCGUUUCUCACUUUCCAGCCCGGGUCAAGAUCGUCCUCUGCGGCUGGGAAGGGAAACAGAGGCGCUGGCCUGUGGGCCCGGAAACAGAGGCGCCGACUCGAAGGAUGGAAAAUUUUCCCCGAAUGAAGGGAGGGCGGAGGCGGCUUCUGCCAACCAGGCCGGCUUCGCACGGCCGAGCUUUUGCUGCAGCUAUUGGGCUGCCUACGACUGGAGAUCAUUGGAACAGGAGGCGCCAGCCCAAGAACUCAGGGUCGCGGCCCGAAAAGCUAGACUGA